GACGUACUGCGACAAAAUACAAAAUGGCGUCACUCGCGAUAAAUGAAUAACCGUUGUUUAUCAAUAAAAAUAGUUUUUAUUACUCAGCUGUAGAUUAAGAAGUAUAAAUAAAACAGUGCUCCCAAAAAUAUAAUUGUUGCUAUGUGAUUCGACAAUAAUUAUCGGGUUAAUUUUAAUGAAAUAAAUUAAAAUCGCGUAAUAAACUGUCAAAAAUGUUAUAAUAAAAAAAACAAUUAAUUAUACCUUACCUAUUCACAUUUUAAUUGGGAAAAAAAUCAAUAGCUACAACUUUUUAACACAAAAUCCCUUUUUGAAAAAUUAAAUCAAGUAAAUGAAGAAUGUGAUAGAAAAAGUAAAAAGUAACUAGGAAUUAAAGUGUUUGUGAAUCAGAUUGAUUGUGGACUAUGACAAUGUGGUGGUUAUUGUUAUUCAUACUACCACUGGGGCUGGUGAGCUCCAGUAAUAAUGCGACUGAGCAACCCCUUAAUAUAAUAGGCAACCCUUGCACGGACCGGAACCACAUGUUCUUGGCACCAGGAGUGCUGACUGCCGGCAGUAUGAACAGGGCUUGUAUCUCCAGGUUCCACACUGAGGGACCAGCUCGCAUGACUCUAAACCUGAUGACAGAAGACAGGCAAACACAGACAGUUUCUAGGGAACUAGGUGCAGGUGAUGGUGGGUGUCUGGACAUCAAUGUACCCUUGCUGCCAAAUUCUAAAGCAGACUUAGUCGUAAACAUCAGAUAUCCUGAUGCUCAAUGCGUGUGGGAGCGUCGUGUUCCUCUCCGUAUCUCCAGCGGACGGGUGGUGGUGCUCUCUACGGAGCGCGCGCGCUACCGGCCUGGAGAGACGGUGCGCCUGCGCAUAUUGGCGCUACGACAGGACCUCGCACCCUCGCAUGGAAAUAUUGAGGAAGUCUGGCUGGAAGGCCCCCGGGGAGCUUGGGAAGGAUCCCGAGUGACUCAGUGGCAGCACGUGCGCACCCGACUUGGGCUGGCGCAGCUACAGUACCAGCUCGAUGAACUGGCACCCACUGGGAAGUGGAUGCUCAGGGCUAGACUGUCUGAUGGAUCACAGGGGUCUUCAACGUUCUGGGUGGGUAACUACGAGCUGCCUCCCUUCCAGCUGAGUGUACGCCAUGCACCCAAAGUGCUGCGAACCAGCGACAGACUAGUAUGGACUGUCUGUGUCAGAUACCCAUGGUCAGAAGCUGUGGAAGGUAUGCUGGUAAUCCGUCUCCGAGGCGCUGGAGGAGGUAGCGGAGGCAUACGAACUGCGGUCCAACUGAGAGCUCCCAAAGCCUGCCACCGACAUGCCGCAGCUGCCAAGAGAGUAGGGCUAGAUGGCACUAAUCCUCCUGAUGUUGUGGUUGCUGACUUCUCGUUCCAGGAGGAAGGCACGAGGAUCUGGCAAAAUACGACCGUGGUGUCACAAGUAGUGGACAAACCGAUAUCUUUGGAAUUUUUGACCAAACACCGAGCAGUUAUAGCUCCGGGACUACCGUACAGGCUAAAGGUGAAAGCAACUCGUUGGGAUGACAAGCCAGCGGCUAAAGAGCUCAUCAGAGUCUGUCGCCAUCAGUCCAGCUUCCCUGAUAAACUGCAGCAGCCGAUCAAGAAACGAGAGACUAUGUGUGCUGAAGGUACCACGGAUGACACUGGAGUAGCGAGGCUGCUGUUCUCUGCAGGAGAUGAUGCUUCUCCAUUUUAUAGGUUUGAGGCUCAUUUAUCAAACGACACGAGCAUAGUAGCAGCUCCACUCACUCUGCCAGUACGUCGCUCGGCUUCCGUGCACGCAGCCCUCGGACCUUUGAAAGCGGAGUCACGUCAAGCUCGGACCUUCGUACCUUUGUACCUCAACACCAACAACACCUCAACUCCGUUUACUGUCCAUUUCGUGGUCAUAACACGAGGUGGAAUCAUCUACCGAUGGGGAGCCACAACCCAAUGUCCAACGUCAAACUCUGGAGACCAGAUUCGCACAGCAGCACGGAACUCCAAGUGUCCCGAUCUUGUCCAACGUGACGUCGUCAUGACACAACGAGACCAUCCAGUGACACAAACGACUCAACAGACUACUCAGGCCACAAACCAUAAAAGACAAUACCGCAACACUGCUAGAAUGAAUCCUAGAACGCCCAGAUUCCAAAUACCUGAACAAAACAUGUCCCUAGGAAACCAAGAUGUGCUGAUGAAGGAUACUUAUACUUUCAACGUUAGUACUGAUGUGUCUGACGCUUUGCUGGACAGACAUCAGUUGAGGGUGAUGCUACCGAUAAAGGUGUCUCAUCAGAUGUGUCCUGACAGUCACUUGAUAGCAUACUUCUAUCAUGAAGGGGAACUUGUGAGUGCUAGCAAGCAUUUCGAAAUGGAGGAGUGUUUUUUCAAUAAGGUGGAAGCAACUUGGUUAAGCCGUCAAGCUCAGCCAGGAUCUACAGUAACCCUUAAGGUUUCUACUCCUGGACCAGCGCUAUGUGCACUCACAGUCCUGGACUCUGCAGCUAAGUGGACACAACCUCCUCAGCCUCCAAAGGAACAGCUUAUGAACUCACUAAGAAGACUGAUAGACAGUCACAGGAACCUGACAGAGUUUGAUGCAGCUGGAGUCUGCUUCCUUAACUCAGACACCCUCGAGAUCCCAUCAGGCAGCGUAGACCUCACAGCUUCGUGGCUGGCUGCUGCAGGAGUUCGCCUGAUAGGAGGAGACAUGCCCAACAAUAAACAUUGCAUACCUCGCCCACCCGCUCUUCUGCAAGCUGAGGAAACUAACACUCCGAGGUCUGACUUCUCUGAGGCAUGGCUCUGGCGCCUCCUUGGUAUUAGCUCCAACGGCACUGGGACUGCAACAGCCAACGCUCCGGAUUCCAUCACCAAAUUCGAGGCUGGAGCCAUCUGUGUGUCAAGGAACGGAGUAGCCAUAUCACCACCUGCUGUUUUACAAGUGUUCCGUGAAUUCUUCAUCCACGCUGACAGUCCCAAACGCCUGCGCCGCGGGGAUUCCACCAUCAUCAGAUACAGGAUCUUCAACUACCUGUAUGAACCACUAAGUGUCCAAAUACAGAUUCUGACAGAUCCUCACGUCGAAGGUCCGAAGGAGCUGGUGGAGUCAGCAUGUGUUAAGGCUCGGUCGUCCAUCGCUCGUCGUGUAGAGAUCCGCGCACGAGUCGCUGCGCCUGCGCGCAUCAGUAUACGAGCUAAAGCCGUCAGUGAUGGCAACUGUGGUAAUGUGACCAGUGGAAGAACUGGAGUCAGUGACGAAGUGAUCAUUCGCAUUGCUGUCGAGCCCGAGGGAGUUCCUGUACGCGAACAGAAGUCCAUUCUUCUAUGUGGAAAUAAAACGUCCGAAGCAGGCCCUUCUGAAGUGUUAUGGACGUGGACACCAGUGAAGGCUGUGCCUGGUACUGAGACACUGACCAUGUGGGCAGUUGGUGAUGUUACUGGGCCUUUAUUAGCUGAAGCGGACUCCCUCCUGCAGAUACCUCGAGGCUGUGGAGAGCAGAAUAUGGCACAACUAGCUACAAACCUGUUGGCUCUGAGCCAACUGGACCCUAACUCUAUUACCGCCACCACCGCCAAGGAGUACGUUGCAAGAGGAUUUACGAGACAGCUGCAGUACGUGCACCCGUCAGGAGGGUUCAGUGCGUUCGGACCGUCUGACGCCACCUCCUCGACUUGGCUCACGGCAUUCGUUGUCAAACAUAUGAGGAGAGCUCAUAAACUCUUAUGGCCAAAUCUGCAAGUCCCAACAGCAAUUAUUCGAGCAGAGCGGUGGCUUCUCAACCAGCAAAUGGAAAACGGAUGCUUCAGAAACGAAGGACAAGUCUUCCAUAGAGAACUUAAAGGAGGUCUCAACGACGAAGGAGAAAUUGCGAACGUCGCCCUAACAGCUUACGUCAUAACGGCUCUCAUUGAGAGUGCCUCACCGUUCCCUCACCGCGUCAUCCGCAACACUCUUUCUUGUCUCCGAGCUUUACCACCAAUGAAGUCCAAAACUCCCACCAGGGUGUAUGCCAAUGCCCUCUUAGCGUAUGCUUAUAUGAAACUGGAUCGAUAUGAAGAAGAACUGAGAUAUACCAACGAGGCAAGCUUGAGAAGAAUGGUAGGUGGGCUCGAGCAGGAUGAAGGAAUAAAGCAAGUGCUUAACCUGAUGAAGAUGGCCAAGAAGAAUGGGCAGUACGUGUGGUGGGAGACCAGCAGCCUGUCGACGUCGGUGGAGGCGACGUCGUACGCGGUGCUGUCGCUGGCGGCGGCGCGGCGGCUGCCGGCCGGCGCGCGCACGCUGGCGGCGCCCGCCGCGCGCUGGCUCAACGCGCACCGCUCGGCUACUGGAGGGUUUAUAUCCACACAGGACACUCUAGUAGCCUUAGAAGCGCUAUCGGCCUGGUCUGCUCAGACCGUGGAAACCAACCUCAAUGUGACGGCGCGCUGCAGCAGACUAGACCACCGAGUUACUCUGCAGCCAGGAGUCAAAAUACCUGAAGUCGUGAAGAUGAGACCAGGGGAACGACUUACCGUGUCUGUCGAAGGCACGGGUUGCGCUCUCAUCCAAGCGACGCGCGCGUACCACGUGCUGUCGCCGGACUCGGCGCCGCGCGACCAGCAGCUGUCGGUGCAGGUGUCGGUGCACACGGACGGACCGUUCGACUGCGGCCGCAACCGCACCAGCUGCUACUGUGCGGCUGUUGUUGAGGCGUGUGUGCUAUGGACUGGCAGUUUCCCAGAGAUGGCUCUCAUGGAAGUCACUCUCCCCGGUGGAUUCGGAGCUGAUGCACAACUUCUCUACUCACAACUUGGAAAAACUUCUUCUUUACUACGUCGCAUAGAGUUGACGCCAUCGAACUCCCGAGCGACCUUCUACUUGGGAACUCGCGAUGGUAGCGACACGAGUGACCACGUGGGACACCAGUGCUAUAACAUACACGCCACAGGACCUAGGGUCAAGACACGACCAGCUUACGCCAGGGUCCAGGACUAUUACGUGCCUGCCGUCAAUGAUACACAGGUAUAUACUAUACCCGAAGAAUGUCCGCCACGCAUCGUACACGAGGCCAACGACUAUCGAACAUCAGACAACUUGUACUCAAAAGCAAGAGCCACUAACAGUGACGACAUUGUCAUCACACAUGAGUUCUCUUUUGAAGAUAUCCCAGAAGGCAUACCUCUUGAGGAUCCACUCAUUUAUGACCACUUAACUGAGAACGAAAACUAUAGAACACCGGAAAAUCAACAAGAAGUUGGUAAAUUACAAUUCAAUGACAUGAAUACUCAAAACGACGGACAAAGUCAAAACGUCACAGAUGUCCGUAAACCACCAGAAAAUUUGAAAAUUGGGGAGCCUACAGAACAAGUUCACAGUAAUUUCGAUAACGUUGUAAAUGGAUAUUUCUGUGAAAACGAUGCGACGACCAUUUCCAACAUUAACGAUAUCAUUAACACGGGAAUAGGAAAGGAUAAUAAUUUCGCCAGUACUGCGAGUGGUGGUGUUGCUAAACCCGAACAUUAUCAACCAGUCAGUUUUGGCAGUGCGCAGUCAAAUAACCGUAACUUUGAAAACAUACUUAGUGAAAAUCUUCACACUGUUGCUGAUGAUAGCGCAUCUAACCAUGAAAAAGCAGAUAACACUGACUCAUUUCUUGAAAAGAUUGAUGAUAUUACAAGAUUGAGUGAAGAAAUUGAUACAAUUCAUAGACAAUGGCAUUCUGGAGAAAGUUAUCAUCACUUUCCUAAUACUAUUAAAGAAAAUACUGAUACAAGUAAUACUACAAUUACAGUGUUGCACCAGAACUUUAACCCUCCGCCUGAUAAUCAGAUCACUCAAAGUGUUCUUAGUGAUGCGAUCAAUCGCAAUUUAGAGUUAGUAAAAGGAUUAAAUGAAACAUUACAUUACCAGAGCGCUUUAGAUAAAAAAAUAAUUGAGAGUUUAGUGUCAAAUAAGGCCACGGAGAAAGAUUCGAGUAAUGAAAAUUUAAUGACAAUUGUGGAUUCUGAAGGAGAUCAGCAGGAUGGAGACUUAAUUGAUAGUGAUAACAUAUCAACAGAACUUAAAAAUAAAGCUAUAAAAAAUAAUGAUGAAUCACAAUUCGAUACAAAGAACAAUCUAGUGCAUGAAAUAGACACUUUGAAUAAAAUCGCACAUAGACAACUUAAUGAAACACGAGCGAAAUAUGACGUGCAUCAUAUAGACUAUACACAAAUGUACGCACAAAAUUCAGAUAUGGAGUUUAUGAGCAACAAGAACUAUAAAAAUGUAGUAGGUAACUAUUACGGACCAGGUAGUAGAGAUAAUGAAAUAAAAAGAUCAUUUACAGACCACUCACCGGCCGCACAAGCGCCAGAGCAAAUUAUAUAUAAUUCUGAUGAAUAUAAAGAUCAAAAUGAAAAAGUAAUUAAUAAUCCAAGUUUAACAGAUUUCCAUGUUAUAGAUACAGACAAAGAUUUAGAAGUUCCACCGGGGAUUGAAGGGCCUGUAGCAGUCUCUGUGCUUCCACCUCCAGGCUAUGUGGCGCCGGUGGUUGCAGGAGAAGCGAGGAGACUGAACUACAAACGCAAACCAUUCGAAUAUGCCAAUCGUGAUGAAGUUCCACAACGUCGAAACUUCGUGCCCCCGAGACAAAGUCAACCAAAGGUUCCUAAGUUAUCUUUAGACAUGGAUCUAUCAUUUGGGGAUGAUGAGUCGGGAAUUUUUGAGUCCCUUCCAGUUUACCCGCAGGCACUACCAUCUCAUGGGUAUAGAAGAAUGCUGUCUUCGUAUACAGGGUUCCCUCAGUAUCCCGUGGAUCGAGUGAUAAGAACUAUGGUGCCCCCAAAACGUGAUGUUCAGGACAGGAAUAUGAAAAGUGUGCAAAGUAUUUACACGCCAAAUGGACCGUAUUUCUAUUUCAAGCCAGAUGGUGAGGAUACCGUUGAGAAGUUCUUCGUACCUGUGCAUUGAUUUGUUUGUAGGUUUGUGUGUUUUUUGUUGCAUUUAUUUAGUGUAGUGUAGUCUUAGUGCGUGUACGUAUAGUUUGACUGAUUUUAAAGUCUAUUUUUUAUGUAAUGUAAUGGACAAAGGAUUUUGUUCUUUAUAUUAAACAAUGUUAGACCAUUUUUAUGAUAAUUUCUAUCACAUAUUAUUGUGACCUUUAACAGUACACUAAUAUAGAUAUUGGGUAUGACUGAAUUGAUACGAGAGCUAAACAGUAUGACUGUGUAGAAACUAUUCCUAAUGCUGAUAUAGACAUUAUUCUAUACUAUUAAACUGAAUUUAUUAUAUUGAAUUUAUAUGUUUAAUAUUAGAAAUAAAUUCUGAUAAACCAAAAUAAUACCUAAAUAAUAAAUCACUAUUUAUAUUCCUUUCCAUGUUCAUCAUAGUAUAAAAUGAAGUCAGUUAAAGAUAGCAAAAUUUGAAGACUGCAUCUGCUGCAUGCAUAAUACAUUAAUCGCUUAUAUAUCGAACACAAGUGUGUGUCAUCACUUAGAAAACAAUGUGACAUCACUAUAAAGUUUAUUUUAUACAUACAUACAAUAAGCAACCUAUUCACUCGGGCCUUGAAGACCCACCCUUCAGGAAAUACAGACUCUAAAAAAAAUUCCACUCCUAAGACUGCUAAGGAGUGGAAUACGAAGACGCAGUUUUUAUAACAUCUAAUUACUUAUUGUAAUGAGACCUCUUUGUCAAAAAACUGCAUUGUAUGCAAAAUUAUGCGAAUGAUCACUACAGACUAAACUUGCCAACUAAUGCAGAUUCAAUUGUUUAAUGUUAAUAAAAGUAUGCUACAUUCAUAGGUAUCAAAAUGAUAUAAUAUUAUUAUAUGUUUUCUCCGAAAUGUUUAUAUGAUAAUUCGAAGUAAAUUGUUGACGUAUUCUUUAAAACUAUACUGAACUACUAAAAUAUUAACAAAUUAGGUUCUUAAACGACAAGUUAUCAGUCGCCGAAUUAAGAAUUUCAUUUAAAAAUUUUACAAUGGAAUGAAAAUGUGACUAAGUACUGUAAUAUUAAAACAAAGAUGGCCGCUAUUCUUUCUAUUUUCGAAAGAUUAAAUUUAGUUUAUACUAUAUAUUAAUAGUAAUAAGAAUCCUUUUCUCUUGUAAGCUUUAGUUUCUAGUUAAUAAAACAGAUUGUACAGAUAUAAUCUUAAACUUGCUGGUGCUUAUAAUAGGGACGAUGAUAACAUUUUUUCUGUAAAAAAACGAUUAAAAAAAUAUAUUUUUAUUCGUACAAAAUUCCUAUAGUGACGAAAAUCCAUACGUCAAGUGACGUCACGUCUUAAAUACACUUUAACUGUGACGUGUUUAGUCCUAAUACUUUAUUUUUUUAUAAUUUGAAAUUAAAAGGUAAUACUGAAUAAUUUUUACCUUGUCAU